AAGAAGCAGGGCAAGAGUAGACAACACAAAGCGGAGUGAAGAGCAGACAAAGCUAAGGCCAGGCAGGCGAGGUAAAGCAAAGCAAAGCAAAGCCAGGCCAGGGAGGGGAGGGGGAGAAGAGGCGAGGCGAACUCAAAGCACAGAACUAAGCUGCUGCUGCUGCAGUUGCCGCAGUGCGUCGCUCUCAGAGAGAGAGAGGCCGUGAGAGGGAGACUACUGGACCCGUAGGUCUCGCGAGCGCUCGAGCUCGCUUGCUUGCAUCCGCUGCUUUCCUCCCUUCGUUUCCUUUCCUCCCCUUUGUCCUCCUGUCUUUCUUAAUUCGCUUCGUGUCUCGGUCAGUCGUUCUUCCACUCGUCUUCCUUCGUCGUCAUCAGCGGGCGACCGGGCUCGCUGUCUGGUGCAUGCCCUCUUGCCUGCCCUCAGGUUCAUACCGUGAAAUUGUGUCGAGGUCUCCGCCCGGGCUCGACUUGUUCUACGGAGCCAGGUAGAUAGAUUGCCAGAUAGUAAGGGCGGACGGACACCCGCCUGCCUUGCUUCGCUUCCUCUUGACUUGCUUGCCUGCUUUCUUUCUCUCUUGCUCGUUCCCUCUCCUGACCUCGUGUCUUUCGUACAUCCAUCCGCCCGCGCUCCGUGCAGCUCAAUACCAGAAGAAGCUGGAAGAAGCUGGAAGAAGGUAGCUUUCAGAGUGGACAAGGUGAGAGAGGGUAGAACGACCCAGUCGAAAACCAACGAAACAACGCGCUGAGAGUAGGACUCGACGCGAGUUUUGCACGAGCAGGCAUCAGGCUCGUUACCGCGGGGAAGAUAUGACGUUUGGAAAAACAGAUUAAGGGAGCGACGAGGAGUUUGGUCGUAAAGGUUUCGGCGUUCGAUUUGGUUUGGCUUGGUUUUAAGAGGUUCUCGCGGGUCGGGGGUGAAUGGUCUUCAGUGACAGAUGAGUGCAACAGUGGGAGUAGCCAUGGCUCAUUGGUAAGGUUGGCUUGAAUGGAGGCUCGUGAGAAAGAUGAUGUAGGAACGAACACCGGGUGUUUUGCAAGGAUGUGUACAUGCUGGCAAGCCUUGGAGCGCGCGGUUAUGGGAAACUGCUGGGCAAAGCCAGGACCAACAAAAUCUGGGAGUACCGACUUCAGUAAUUCCGGCGGUGAUUUACCUGAUGUGACUCCAAGGAUUGCACUACCUACGGUUGAUGAUUCAGUUCGAGGACAACAUCUUCGUGUGUUUACUUACCAGGAGCUAAGGGCUGCGACUCGUAAUUUUCGACCAGAUAGUCUUUUAGGCGAGGGGGGCUUUGGGUGCGUUUUUAAGGGGUGGAUAGAUGAAAAUGGUACGGGGGCGGUUAAACCAGGAACAGGUUUGGUGGUCGCGGUGAAGCAGCUCAAUCAAGAAGGCCUUCAAGGGCACAAAGAGUGGCUGGCGGAGGUGAACUUUCUGGGCCAGUUGCAUCACCCGAAUUUAGUGAAGCUGAUAGGCUAUUGCUGCGAAGACGAUCAACGACUACUUGUCUAUGAGUUUAUGCCCAGGGGGAGUUUGGAAAAUCAUCUAUUCAGGAAGGGUGCACUACCUCUCCCCUGGGCAGUUAGGAUGAAGAUUGCAUUUGGAGCUGCCAAGGGAUUGGCUUUCUUGCACGAAGGAGCCGAAAAGCACGAGAAACACGUCAUCUAUCGUGACUUCAAGACCUCCAACAUUCUUCUGGACUCAGACUACACCGCUAAACUUUCCGAUUUUGGUCUAGCAAAGGACGGUCCUGAAGGAGACAAGACGCAUGUGUCCACCCGUGUGAUGGGGACUUAUGGGUAUGCUGCCCCGGAGUAUGUGAUGACCGGUCAUCUCACUCCACGGAGUGAUGUAUAUUCAUUUGGAGUGGUGCUAUUGGAAAUGUUGACGGGUCGAAAAUCUAUGGACAAGAAUAGACCAAGUGGGGAGCAAAAUCUGGUGGAAUGGGCAAGACCUUAUUUGGGAGAAAAGCGAAAAUUGUUCCGUUUGAUAGAUCCUCGUCUUGACAACCAGUAUAGUUUGAGAGGUCUACAAAAGGCAGCCAUCCUUGCUCAUCAUUGUCUUAGCAGGGAUCCAAAAUCGAGACCUCAGAUGGGUGAUGUGGUAGACACACUGAAACCCUUGCUAGAUCUGAAAGACAUGGCCGGCAGCACAUCCAACCAGCCAGUCUCAUCCGACCGGGAUCGUAAAUUUUACGGAAAUGGAAACGGCUACCACUACGGACAGAACCAUAGCCAUCAGUCGAUGAGAAACGGGGGAGGAAGACCAGGCGGUGGGGGUUCACAGGUGUCUUCGUAUGCGAAGUCUCCCAGACAACUUGGCAGAGGGGCAUAACUAAACAUAGUUUUUUCUUCACUGAAAUUGUAUCCAUAUACACAAUCCAAUAUCGUCGGCUUGCUGUCUGGUGGUGUCAAGAAGCACAGCACCUGGCUAUGGCAUUCUGUUGGAAUGACAUCGUUUGUGGAAGCUGCUAACCUGCUAUGUAAUUUAAGGCAGUAGUAUUAUAGUUAUGGUUGGCUGAGGUUGUGAGUCACAUCAUUAUAAAAGCUCUAAGGCAAUAAGUCUGUUUUUGGAGAUCAAGGUAUUGUUGGCAGUUAAGAGACACCAUGCCAUGGUACCGGGAUGAUAGGCGGAAUAUAAUUGGUUUCCAUUUGGUAUGCGAGCCUGUAUUUUGGCCAAUAUUUGGAUAUAUGGAGGCUGUAUAUUUGAGCCCCCAACGCUCCUCGUUUCCAUCUGCCACACCACAGUAAAAGCUUCAUCGUUGCUGCUUUACUUGAAACCCAGGAAACAUACGCCAGCUCUAGAACACCUGGUGUGGUGAGAUGGAACAUGUGGUUCUACUUCUGCUGUUGCGCAUCCUGUUUUGGUAGGUAGCUUAGCACUCAUGGUGCAUUAUGUCAGCUUGUAGUCUGGCUCCUAGUACACUACGUGUAAGAUAUUCUGCUGUGAAAAUGUGUGUAUCAUUGUUUGUCAUAGCAGAAUCACCACCCCUUGCUAGAUUCGUCUGUGGACUUGUGGUUGGUACUGUUUUGACUCUACUUAGGAUCUGGAGACCUGUAUAAGAGGACGUACAUGAGAGGACGGUAGCUGUUUGAGUACCAACAUGCGGAGUCAUGCUCAGUGAACGUUGUGUCUGAACUUCGCAAAGCUGCUGAGGCAGCGACACUGGUAUUUUCUUUUCAGUCUUCGGACAAGAAAUUAGUUGCUUAUGGUUUUGAGGACGUCCAUCCUGGCAUAGAUGUAAGCACAGGAUACGGAAUAUUACCUCACUCAAUCAAGUUGUCGAAGCCUCUUAACCGAAGCCUAGAAUCUGCUAGUAUUUAUAUUUUCCUGUUGGUUCAUGGCCUUGGGUUUUUAACGGUAGAAAAUGAAUUUAGCUUCAGAACCUCCGGUGGAAGCCAAAUUUGUCUGGUGGUACUGCCGCCAGUGAAAUGUCCUAUGAAUAGAUGCACGGAAAUUUGAACAAUGUGUACUGGAUGUAAAUCGUUACCUUGCAAUACUUCUGUCGG